AUGUUUCGCUGGUCGCUAGCUCUCGUAGCCCUGCUCCUCCAGCCCGUUCAUUUUGCCGUGGAGGCGACGUCGGCCGUCGAGGUCCUUUCGCAGGUUCCAUCAGGUGCCCAUUGCCAUUCCAGCGGACUCAUCGGCAUCGUGAUCGUGCUCCUGCUGCACCGCACGCUCUUCACCAUCCCAUUCGCGGUGCAAUGCUUGCCUAUACAGUCGAUCUGGAAUCGCACCAUCACCGACCCGUUGGUUCCGGGUGAGUCACGCACCCGCUCUCUGGCAGGAGGGAAGGAGAGGAAAUCUCACAGGGCAGACAGCGCUUGCGUGGCAUCAGCCGUCCGCGUCAGAUCCCCGGUGGAGUCCGUCGAGCAGUCCAUGGCGAUGCUUUGUGGGAGCUUACCCACCCUGCGUCUUCUGUUUGUCAAGUUCGCGUCCCGCCGCCGUCCCGCAUCGUCGGAACGCUUUUCAGACGAACAUAGUCCGCAACACGGGUGGAAUUGGUCUCUCGACAGACUGAGGCAAUACCGAGCCCGAAUACGUAGAGACAGCGACCCCGGGCCCCAACACGCAGGUGGUGGUGUUCUGGUGACGACAACUGUCGAGAUCGCCCGACGGUCCUACCUGAACACAGACCUGCCACCCUUCCAUCGCCCGCAUACCCCGGACAUGAACGCGUGA